CUCUAUUGGUUUUGGAGACAGAGCGAACAUACACGUCGAUAACACAAGAAAGAUAUUGCUAUAUAGCUACUAUGACCUGCCUUGUUAUCUAAGGGCAUGUUUGUUACACCUCAGCAUAUAUCCUGAAGAUCACGAGAUUCAAAAAGCCACUUUGAUAUGGACCUGAAGAGAUCCAAGAGAUUCAGAAAAAAGAUCGCCAACUUCUUCAAGAAAGGCAAGACCCGUUAUCAGAUCGCCAACAAGAUCCAAGAUAUCAAGGUUCGACUCAGGGAGGUGGCUGACCUGCAUGACCGAUACAAGGUCGACGAUGUUCGUGCUAAUCCAGCUGCCACGAACACCGUUGAUCCUCGUAUCAUGGCUCUGUUCAAGGAUCAGAAAGAGCUCGUGGGCAUUGAGGAGCCAAGGAAUGAGGUAAUCAAGAGGCUGAUGAUGGAAGGGGAUGAUGAUGGUUUGUUGAGCUCCAGGAUGCAACUCAAGAUACUCUCCAUCUUUGGAUUUGGAGGACUUGGCAAGACAACUCUUGCCAAAGCAGUCUAUGAUAUGCAACAAUCAAAUUUUGUUUGCAAGGCUUUUGUUUCAGUGGGUCAGAAUCCUAGUCUGAAGAAAGUUUUCAUGGAUAUUCUCCUCCAAGUUGAUGAGGCAGAGUCUAGUUCGAAUGCAUCCAUGUUGAACGAGGAGCAACUCAUCAGAAAGCUCCGAGGAUUUCUUGAGAACAAGAGGUACCUCAUCGUCAUUGAUGAUAUAUGGGACAAUAGUUCAUGGCAUAUGAUGAAAUGUGUAUUGGUUGAUAGUAACUGUGGAAGUAGAAUAAUCACAACCACUCGUAUUUUUGAAGUUGCCGAAGAGGCGGGCGAUGUUUACAAGCAAAAGCCACUUUCUUCUGCCACAUCCAAGGAAUUAUUCUAUACAAGAUUAUCUAUUGGUAAAUGCAAGAUUACUUAUGGUCAACCGAUUGAGAUAUCUGAAAAGAUUUUACAGAAAUGUGGUGGUGUGCCGUUAGCUAUCAUCACAAUAGCUAGUAUGUUGGCCAGUAAACCAUGGGAGGAUUGGUCUGAGGUGUAUGACUCUAUUGGUUUUGGAGACAGAGCUAACAUACACGUCGAUAACACAAGAAAGAUAUUGCUAUAUAGCUACUAUGACCUGCCUUGUUAUCUAAGGGCAUGUUUGUUGCACCUCAGCAUAUAUCUUGAAGAUCAUGAGAUUCGGAAAGACACUUUGUGUAACAUCCCAAAAUUUCAAACCUUUACAUGUGCAUUGCAUCCAUGAGCAUCAUGACGCAAUUGCAUGUUUGAAUUCAAAUUUUGAAUCACAAAAGGCUUUAAGAGAUUUUGUUUA